UAAAAAAUGUCAUAAUUUUAGUUUAUAAGCUACCCCGUUGAAAUUAAACAAUAAUAAUUGAAAACGAGUAAAAAUAUUUAAUAUAGAUAAAACAUUUUAUGACAAAUUAAUAAAAGGUAUAUAAUGAGAGUAAAUAGUUCUGCUGGUAUAUAUAUUUAGUGUUGGCUCAGUUUCAACUAUUCGAUGGCUGUAAGAAAUCUGCAUCUCGCAGUAUAUAUUGUGUUAAUUUGAACAAUUUGUCAGAGCAUCAUAUUUUUAACAUAAAUAAAACAAACACCUAUGAUUGUUAUCAAAACUGGACAACACAAAGAUAAAGCAAAACUACUCAAAAUAUAACAAUAGCCUCCUAACUAGCGCCAGAAUACAGUCUGCAACAACGUGCUAAUGAAUUUUUUUCAAGAAAAUAACACCAACUAUAGUGGAUACACAUUACAAGAAUGUUGAUGCAAAAUAUUCUUAUAACAAAGAUAAUAAAAAAUAUUGAUAAACACAAUAAUUAUCUCAAAAAUAUUGUGCCAAAUUUCUUACAAAAAUAAAAUCAUAUCACUUGUAUAUCAAUUUAUGACCAAAGUGAUAACAAAAAUAUCGUGUGACACUGAUUUCGACUCACAAUUGACGUUGAAAUGAAUCAUUAAUAUUGGACAAACAUAUAUAACUAUAUAUACAUAUAAAAUUACAUAGCAAGUACCUCAUUUUUUAACUAUCACUGUGGAGAGAUCAAAAGAAAUCGGACGUAGAAAUACGCGAAUUUUACGAAAACUAAACCAAAAACUAGCGGCAAUGCGAACAAAACACUUUAUUUUAAUACUCUGCUGUGUUAUCAUUACGACUAUAUUUUUCAUAAUUUUGGGACCGGCUGGUGAACCAAACGAUUCCUUAAAAAGCAUUGUUUCACAUACUCAUCAGCAAUUUAACAAAUUACAAGAAAAUUUGCGUGUUACUGAGCAAAAGAAGCUUGAAAUAGAUGCCAAAUAUUUGAAUUUGCUAGGGUUCACCGAUUCAAUUUACGCAAAGGAGUUCCAGGCUUACAAUCGCUAUGAAAUUGGAAAUGGUUUCAAAUCAGAUGCAGACAUUGAAAUAUCGCAUCUUCCGCUGAUAGAGCAACCUGCACAGAAGCAACAAAAAACCGAUGGUUAUUCAAGUAAUAGUAACACACUUCAACAUAGUAGCAAGACACGGCUAGCUACAACACCAUACAAUGGUACGAAAGCAAACUUUACCAUUGUAACAUAUGUGCAGGAUGGACAAGCGCCUUCGGUAAUAUUACUAGCGCAAAAUAUUGCUUCAAAAUUUCCGGAUGAACAUUUACUUGUUUAUGAUAUCGGCUUAUCAGAGGAUGAUUCACGCAGUUUAACAGCUUAUUGUAACAUCACUAGGUGUUCAGUCAUUAGCUAUGAUUUGUCAGUAUUUCCGUCGCACGCCUUUGAUCGUCGCAUGCACGCUUAUCGGCCGAUUGUAAUAAAAGACGCUUUGACGCGUUCGAAAAGUAUUCUUUUUGUCGAAAAUUAUAUACGAUUUCGUGGUGGUAACCAUGACCUACAAAAAUUACGAAAUAAAGUCUUAAGUACGGGAGUUUUAGGUUGGAACACUUCGACUGCUGUAUCCACACGCACACAUCCAAAAAUGUUCGAAUACUUUCAAACCGAUGCGGACGACUUCAUUUUUCUACGAAUGGUUGAUCUCGAUGUAGUUUUAUUCAUGGACACUCCUUUUGUAGAAAAGAAUAUAAUGCUGCCCUGGUUGAAGUGUGCAUUGACAGUGGAAUGUAUAGAUCCGAUUGGUGCGCAAUGGAAUGGCUGCAAAUAUAAUAAGAAACCGCUUUAUCGAUACUCUGGAUGUCACGCCUAUGACGUUUCAGCUUUCAACAUAGUCCUCGGCUUAACAUGGCAUUUAGAUGUCUCACAAUACUCAAUGCCCAGCGAGGGAAAUAAUAUUUUUUACAAAGAAACUUUAGAAAAAGCUACUAGAAUACUAGAAAAUAGACGACUUAACAACAGUGAUACGUCGGAGCAUCCCGUAACGGAAGAUUAGUUCUAAAACAUGUUAGAAGUUACUAGACAUUGUUGUUUGUUUUCUUUUUUUAAGUGCUAAACCAAAAUAUUAGCUUAUCUGUUUAAAUAUUUAAUUACGUAAAAUGUAAGUUUAGUAUUUAAAUUUCUAUGCUUAAGAAAUAAAUUUCUUUCAAAUUGUAGCAAAACCAAAUACUUAUAUAAUAUUAUGUCGCGAGCCAUACGAGUAAAAAUAAAUAAUAUUGUAUAAGCGCUUGAAA